GCCUUAAGCCCCCCGCCCGCCCGCGCGCUCGCCUCCUGCACCCCUCUCUGCCGCUGAGAGGCAGUCGUCCGACAGGUGCAGCCCUUCCAGGCGCGGCGGCCGGGACGUGCUCCCCGUUCCUCUCCCCGCCGCGUUUCAAGAUUGUGGCUCGGCUCGGCUCGGCCCUUCUCCAACUCGGGUGGACACGUAACCGGCCCAAAGCGGUUUGUCUAAGUAGGUGGGGGAGAGAAGCCUGGGCGCGAGCGUGUCCGGGAGGAGCGUUGCCCGUCGCAGCCGAAGCCCGGAGGCCGCGGCACCCGGAGCGCCCGCGGCGGGUUUGCUCUUGCUGUGGCAGCAGCCUUCACGGACUGGCGCGUGUCUCCUGCGGGGCAGCCUCGGGUCCAGCCUCCCGAAAGGCUGCUGUGGCCCAGCCUGGGCCAGGAGAGUUCGUGUUGGCACUUCAAGGGGUCCGAUGCGAUUCUGGGGGCUGGAAGUGUGGACAGGAGAGGGGCCUACAACUCUCAGGGUGCCCCGGCCAGCAUUGCUAGCUGAGGUGUGCUGCACAGUGUAUGCUAAACGUGCACGGGAUUGUGCCUUGACUUGUGUACAGGAUUACAGGAUUGUGUUUGCUGCCGCAUCGUACGAUGUUUGCUGCACUCUGGAAGUGAAGAAAACUGAACAUCCUGAUGCGACCGAGUGGACUUGCCGUAGAAGAUUCUAAACUUGAUGGACCUUUAUUACAGAUUUUAUUUAUGAACAAUACUGUUUCAAAGCAAUAUCAUCAGGAAAUUGAGGAUUUUAUAUCUAGUUUAGUUCAACGAUUUGAGGAGCAGCAGAGAGCUGAAUCGGACAAGGCCUACUUCAAUGUCAAACCUCAGCCUUCUAGUUUUGUGUUGGAAGAAAAUCACAAAGCAACACGGUCAAAUGCAUCCAAAAAAAUCAAGGAAGCUUUUAGUGUUGUAGGAAGUGUUCUUUAUUUUACCAAUUUUUGCCUUGAUAAACUGGGGCAGCCUAUAUUAAAUGAAAAUCCUCAGCUGACAGACGGAUGGGAAAUACCCAAAUACCAGCAAGUUUUCACACAGAUUCUUUCCCUAGAUGGACAAGAGAUACAAGUAAAGUCUAAAAGCAGGCCGAAGCCUCACUGCUUCAAUUGUGGCUUGGAAGACCAUCAAAUGAAAGAUUGCCCACAGCCUCGAAACGCUGCCCGUAUAAAUGAAAAAAGAAAAGAGUUUAUGGAUGCUUGUGGAGAGGCAGGCAACCAAAACUUCCAACAGCGCUAUCAUGCAGAUGAAGUUGAAGAAAGGUUUGGAAGAUUCAAACCAGGAGUAAUUAGCGAAGAACUUCAAGAUGCCCUUGGUGUUAACGACAAGACCCUCCCUCCGUUCAUCUAUCGCAUGCGGCAGCUGGGCUAUCCCCCAGGCUGGCUCAAAGAGGCUGAAAUGGAAAAAUCUGGGCUGGCGCUCUAUGACGGGAAAGCAUCUCCCGGCGGUGAAACAGAGGAAGACGACUAUUACCAACAGAACCGCCACGUCUCUUACGACGUCUCCAAGUUGAUCAAUUAUCCAGGUUUUAAUAUUUCCACUCCAAACGGAGUAACAGAUGAAUGGAGGAUGUUUGGUUCAGUACCUCUUCAGCCAUCUCAGCAGAAGGAAAUAUUUGCCCACUAUCUGUCUACCUAUAGUUCGGGAAGUUCAAAAUCCCGAAAUAAAAGACCUUCAUCUCACCAGAGUUCCCAUCAUCCCAAAAGAAAGAAAGGAGGCAACACGGAAGGAACACCAGCUGACAUGGAGAUGGAUUCUGACUUGGAACUCGCGCAGAACUCUCCGUGUUACGGUGGCUUCCAGUUCCAACCUCCACUGCCUCCUGGGUCGCCUCUGAACGCAACUCCUCCCCCACUGCCGAGGGGCACUCCCCCGUGCACGCCACCCAACUUCACCCCCCCACAGCCACCGACGGGUACACCGCCACCGCUGCCCCGUGACACUCCGCCUUUGACGCCUUCCGACGACUCCGCGACUCUGAGAGCAGAGGGCUCCACCAUGGACGAAGACACGCUGACGCUGGAAGAGCUGGAGGAGCAGCAGCGGCUCAUCUGGGCGGCCCUGGAGCAGGCCGACAGUGCCACCAGUGACUCUGACAUCCCUGCGGGCACUCCUCUGGCGGGGAACUCGCUGGCCUCGUCACCCUCGAGAAUCGAGCCGGAAGUCGUUGUGGAAGAAAUAACCUGCAAGCAGCUGAAUGCGUCAGAAGCUGGCCCUCCCGCCGACAGGGAGCAGGUCCUCGAAGCAGAAGAGUCGGGGAGCAGAGAGAUUUUGGUUGACGAAACGGAAGAGCAUGACACUAAACCAAUUUCAUCCGCUGAACUGAUUGAUUUAACAGAAGAGGAAGAUCCGGCUCACGUGGAUUCCGAAGGCAGAGUGGAGAGCUGCCCCUCCGCCUCUGUGAAUGAGGGAAACCAUGGGGAAGACUGCGGGGAAUCUCUCACGGUUGCGAGGGAUGAGGUGGCGUCCAAGAACGGCAGCCACGUCCCUGACAUGAGCAAAUUUGCCGCUGGGAUAACACCCUUUGAAUUCGACAACAUGGCCGAAUCAACUGGGAUUUACCUCCGAAUAAGAAGCGUGCUAAAAAAUUCCCCCAGAAACCAGCAAAAGGGCAAGAAGCCUUCCAUUUAGUGGCCCCGCUCCUCCCACAUGGUUUUACCCAAAAGAAACCAGCCGCCUGGGAUGCUGCUCUGUACUUACAUAAAAACACCAAGCUAAGAACAGACACAUAGAAAAUGGUUGCUUUGUUCUUCCUAAAAUGGUGUGAUUUAUUUUUUAAUGUCCAGUGUACAGGGCUUCCAUUUUGACUUUAGGACCAAUUGCAGCCUAAAGGAAAAAAAAUAUUUCCGCUAAUAUAAAUAAGAGCUACUGAGUGACUUAGUUAUCCAAUAUUACUUUACAGACUCUUCCGAAAAGGCCCUCCAAAUAUGGGUUAAUCUUUCUGGCUCUGUUUUGACUUGUGAGUUUCAGCAGCGACAAGUGAAGGUUUUUGUGCUGUGUACAUGAAGCCUGUUCUUUCCACAUGGAGCUGAUCAUCCUAUAGAUAAGUUGACUGUCAGCAGUUUUUAAAAGGUUACAAGCUUUUUAAAAUGCUUUCCCUUCCAUUUAAGAGAGAGAGAGAUCUGCCAAUCAGGUGGGAAUAAUCAGGGAUUACUUUGCAACUGUCUACCCUUUUUGAAAAGUUUUAUAAGUAAUUUAUGUGAGUCAAUUUUUUCAGUCAUUUCUGCUUUUUUUUGGUAACAUCCUCAUAUAGUUGAACUUGCUGUACAUAUAUGUCAACAGUUGUGUACAGAGGUUUAAUAAACGAGCUUUUCAUAA